AUGUCUGACCUCACUGCCUGGGCUGCGCCUCGGCUCAGCCAACUUCUUCCGCUGGACGAGGAGUCAUUAAAGCAGAUUAUUGACUAUUCAGCUAGUCUUCCGAAAGAAGCCUGUGCUGAAAACCUGAAAACCCUCCUCGGCGAUUCCCCCGCGGCUCUCGAGUUUAUCGCCUCCUUCAAUGCACGUCGUGGCCCCCCGCCCGCCUCGUCUACACGAAAUGAAACAGCCAAUGACCGAUCGAAGGGGAGGAACAAGAAGGAGAAGAAGCCGCUACACAAUGCUGGCCCGCCGCGUCGACCGGACAAUUACGGUGACGUGGGAGGAGGCUACAUGAAGUCCUCAGCGGAGGACUACAUGUCGGCCAGCAAGUCGGUGUCUCAUCCUCCUAACCUGCCUGCUCCCGGCCCUUCUGGAUCAUCUCGCACACAGUCGCCCAUGGCCGCAGCCCCUUCGAAAGCGCCCCCAUCAGCUUCCGGGCCUGUCCUCUCCGAUAUGCUGCCGAAUGUGCGAUCAAAGACAAGCAAACCAAACCGUCAGGGCGGACGUACAGCCAGUCCCUCAAAGGGAGGGGCAGCCCUCACUACCAAUAAUAUCUCCGACUUGACGGCCGCCAUUGCCGCCUUGGAGCUCUCAACCAACCCGACCAUGAGCUCUGAAAAGCGCAAAUGUACCUGCUACGCUACAAUUCAUCCGCUAUUUGACCCGGCCCCCAAUUGCCUCAAAUGCGGCAAGAUUAUCUGCUCUCUCGAGGGUUUACAACCGUGCUCGUUUUGCGGCACGCCACUCUUCUCUCCAGACGAGGUGCACAGUAUGAUUAAAGAGCUCCGAGAGGAGCGCGGUCAAGAGAAAAUGCGUGCCCAUAACGAAGGCGUUCACCACCAAGGAGCACCGAGACCUGUGGACUCAUCUGGGUCAUCUUCGCCAAACAAACUUGAUGCAGCCAGAGCACAUCGAGAUAAGCUGCUUCAGUACCAGGCACAAAAUGCUCGCCGGACGAAGGUCGUCGAUGAGGCAGCCGAUUUCGAAACCCCGAAUAUCGCCUCAACGAUAUGGAUGAGCCCGGCACAGCGAGCCCUCGCACUGAAGAAGCAGCAACGCAUUCAACGCGAGAUGGAAGAGAAAGCUCGUCCCGAGUGGGAGAAGAAGAAGACCGUCAUGAGUCUUGAUAUCAAGGGCGGCAAAGUCCGGAGGGUGUAUCAAUCCGCAGCGGUGGAAUCAACACCAGAGCCCAGUGAGUUGGAUCCCAUGGACGUGGCGGACUCCGAGGAAGCUCCCGCGUCCCAAGGCAGCCACGCUUUCAGUCGGAACCCUCUUCUUGCAGCUGGAGGAUUAAUGCGCCCUGUCUGGAAGGCCCCGGCCGGUAAGACGGCAGACGGGGCCGAACGAGGGGAGCGAAAGCAAACCUGGCGGCGCGUGCAGGAUGACAACGACGAUAAUGAGCAGUGGAUCCUGGAUGGUGGAUUACAUGGGACCAGCGCAUAG